AUGAGUCGAAAAACGGCCCAACAACGAGAGCUGGCAAGGAAGGCUAAAAUAGACCCGUUGAAAAGUGAUCGCUAUAAAAUCAUCAGCCGCUUGGGGGAUGGCGGAUUCUGCGAAGUAUUCAAGGCCAAAGAUCUGCAAACGGGCCGGUUCGUUGCCAUCAAGCGAGUGGAUAGAGCCAAACCAACGUAUCAGAAGUAUUCACCAAAGGAGGUGGAGAAAAAAAUAAAGAAACUGAUGUACCGAGAAGCGGCUAUAAUGCGGGCCUUGGAUCACCCGAAUCUGGUGAAACUAUAUGACCUUGUUGAUGAGACUGAUCAAAUCUAUUUGGUCAUGGAACUGGCCGAAGGAGGAGAACUUUUUGAUAGGAUUAUUAAGCGUGGAAAAUUUUGCGAAAGAGAUGCGGCCGUGAUAAUUGCCCAAAUGCUAUCUGGCGUCCGAUACAUGCAUGCGGCCGGUUACGUUCACCGUGAUAUAAAACCGGAGAAUAUACUUUUUGAGCGUCCGACUGAUGACUCUAAGCUCCUAAUAACAGAUUUUGGUUUAUCCCGUGAAAUUCAACCCAAAAUGAUGACCAACUGUGGCACUGUGGAUUAUUCUGCCCCUGAACUGCUGAAAAGUAAACUGACAAAGUCAGGAUAUGGACCUGAGGUGGACAAUUGGAGUAUUGGUGUGGUUGCCUACAUACUACUUUGUGGUUAUCCUCCUUUCUAUUCGGUUAAUCAGGAUGACAAUGAGAUCAAGAAGCAGAUUAUGUCCGGUACUUACCAUUUCCAUCACCCGCAUUGGGAUCAUAUUUCCAAGUCAGCUAAAAACUUUAUUGCUUCUCUACUGAAACCAGAUCCGGAAGAACGUGCCACACUGGAUCAGUCACUCGAACAUCCAUGGAUUCGUCUCGAAACAAGUUCGACACUGGAUAUUUACCCAAUGAUUGAGUCCAGCAUGCGUGAUACAUUAGCAAGGCAACGCUGGCGUUGUCUGGGACUGGCGGCCAAUGCAGUAAACCUGUUCACCAUGGCUAGUCCGACAAUGGUAAAUCGAUGCUUCUCCGUCAAGGAAAACACCGCGAACGAAGAGUGCUAA